CCAUUCAAGAUUUACCCCAAAAAAAAAAAAAACGACCAUUGAAGAUUUUAUUAAACUCACAUAUAUAUAUAUAUAUAUAUAACCCUAAAUUCCCAAUUUCCAAUUGUAUACCUUGGAAUUUCAUCGAAUUUGUAUUCGACGUUGUUCUUGAGAGAGAGAGAGAGAGAGAGGUAGAAGAUGGGAGGUCAUGGAGGUCUCAAUAUUCUUCCGCAGAAGCGGUGGAAUGUGUAUAACUACGAGAACAGAGAGAAAGUUCGCCGAGACGAAGAAGCCGCCGCCAAAGAAGAGCAGCUGAAACGCGAGCAGUCACGAAAGCGAGACACCGAGUUUCGUCUUGAGCAGCUCCGGGUGGCUCGUGGCUUGGCUCCGCUGAAGAAAGCCGAUGAUGAGUCUGAGCCCGCUGAAUCGGAACAGAAGCCUGACGGCCAUAUCAACCUGUUUGAUGGGAUUAAGAUUUUCGAUCCCAUAAAAGCGUUGGAAAACGAGGAGUUUGGUGAUGGGUCUGAGAAGAAUAAGAAGAAGAAGCAGAAGAUGAUGAAGAAAGAGGAGGUUCAGAAAAAGGUAGUGACCGCCGAGGAUGAGAAAUACAGGCUAGGAUAUGGUGUUGCUGGAAAAGGUACUAAAUUGCCAUGGUACCUUGAAAAAAGACCAAGCGAUGAUGAUGAUAUUGUGGAUGCUCAGAGUAAUGGGUCGUUGUUGACUGGGGUGGUUCAGGAAAAUAUGAAGAAGAAGAGUGGGAAAAAGACGUUGGAAGAGUUGAGAGAAGAGCGGUUGAAAAGGGAGAAGAAGGAGAAGGAAAGGGAACGUGCUUUGUUGGUUGAGAAACAACACAGAAGAUCAUGGAAGUAGAGGACCUUCUAGGAGGUGAAGGAUAUAUACAGAGUGAUACGAUAUUUUUUUCCUUUAUUUGUAUGCAGGGCUUAUGCACAGCAGCCAAAGCUGUUCGUGGGUAUGAUCCUUAUCCUCAUCUUUGCCGAAGUUCUUGCUCUUGAUGGUCUCAUUGUUGGGAUCAUCCUCUCUUCCCGAGCCGGCCAAUCUCGUGCAGAUGGAGACAACCGAGUUUCUCAGAGUUUAUUUUGCCUUAGGAAAUUAUUUCGUGGAUAUAGCGGCAACUCAUUUAUGAAGGCAGUUCUUUCUUGCCCAUUUUUUUUGUGUUUUUUGUGUUUUUUGUUUUUUUGUCUUUUGUUUUGUUUUGUUUUUUUUUUUUUUUUUUUGGAUGAAUACAGUUCUUUUGUGCCUAGUACAAAAUAAAGACUGUAGAGUUAAUGAGAUGUGCAUUCGUUUUUGUGUCUUGUGAUAUACCCAUGAUACUGUAUGAAUCUGACCAGCUUAUCUGGUUCAACAUGUCAGUUGUCCAUCGUGUACAUAAGCAAAUGUUAAAAGGAAUGGAAAGCUACAAAGGUGAAUCUGGAUGGCAUUGUAAAGUUUGGUGCUUUUGAAAUAGGCACCGUUUUCAAAGUCUGAUUUUACUUUAAUUUUACUCUGUUUUUUUCCAACUAUUACAUAAUAUAAUAUGUUACUAUUUGUUACCA